AUGCGCGCCUUUGAGGCGGCUGAGGUGCUGAGGCUCUUCGAGGCCAACCUGGACGCAGAGGGCAGUGGCGAGGUCAUGGCGUCCCCAGACCACGCCACGGGGCCCGGGGGCGACUACUACUACGCCUGGGCACGGGAUGGGGCUUUGAGCAUGCACGCCUACCUGCAGACCAAGGGUGCGGGCGCGGAGGAGAAGAUGGGGAAGUGGCUGAGCUGGGUGGAGCGCUCCAUGAAUCAGCCGGACCCCAACGAUGUGGACAUCCUGGUGGAGCCCAAGUACUUGAUCCCCCAAGGCACGCCCUACACGGGUGGCUGGUGCCGGCCCCAGAACGACGGCCCUGGGCUCCGCGCCGUGGCCGGGAAGGUCUGGGAGCUGGUGCGGCGGAAUCUGGACUGGGUGGCGGCCAACCACAGCUCUGAGACCUGCGACUUGUGGGAGGAGGUGCGCUCCAGCGACUUCUUCUGGAACCGCUACACCAUGCGCAAGGCCCUCAUUCUGGGCUCCAAGUUUGCGGCUUCGGCGGGGAAGGAUGAGGCGAGGGCGGCCAAGUACUCGACGGCGGCCAAGGAGAUCGAGCAGCAGCUGGGUGAUCACGUGGAUGCCAGCGGCUACGUCUUCGAGUCCACUGAUCGGCGCAAGGACACGGCCGUGAUCGAGGCCUUCAACGUGGGGGACUUGGAGGAUGGGCUGUUCGGGCCGUUGAGCACUCCGGUGGUGAGGACGCUGGCCACCUUGAGCGACUUGUUCUGCAAGAGCUACGCGGUGAACCAGCAGGCGGCGGCGGCCAAAACGCCCGGCGUGCUCUUCGGGCGCUACGAGGGCGACAGCUACGACGGGGGCAACCCCUGGGGCGGCUCCAUGGACGCGGAUGCCAAUCAGGUGCUGCACCAGCUGUUGGGCCGGGAUGUUACUCAGCAGAAUCUGCUGGGCGCAGGAGACGCGAGCCUACAACCGCCAGGAAAGUACUUGACCAAUGGCAUGCACAUGCGGCGGAUGCGCAGAUCGACCGCAAUGGCCGCUUGCAGCCUCAAGUCUGCCAAGGACUUGACUUGGAACUAUGCCAACGGACAGAGGCUAUCGCUGCGCGGGGCGACCGCUGCAGCGGAGGAGACUUUGAUUUGA